AUGCAGAUGAGAGCUCCCACCAGCCUCAACGGCCUCAUUGAAAGAUACCGGCCAGACUUAACCCCCUUCGAAGAAACCUACCGACAAAUCCACCGCUCCCCCGAACUCUCCGGCCACGAAGAGCAAACCUCCACCAUUGCCGCCUCCCACCUGCAAGGCCUCGGUUUCGACGUCCACACACACAUCGGCGGGUAUGGCCUCGCAGGGGUUCUACGCAACGGGCCCGGCCCCACCGUUCUCCUCCGCGCAGACAUGGACGCCCUCCCCGUGGAAGAGAAAACCGGCCUGCCCUACGCAAGCACCAAAACCGCCACCGGCCCGGACGGCGAGACCGUCCCUGUGAUGCACGCCUGCGGGCACGAUAGCCACGUCGUGGGUCUCCUGGCCGGCGCGAGCCUGCUGCAGGCCGCGCGGGAGCAUUGGUCCGGAACACUGAUCUGUCUCUUCCAGCCGGCGGAGGAGCAUGUCCGCGGGGCGCGGGCGAUGAUCGAGGACGGGCUGUACGACAAAGUGCCCCAGCCGGAUGUGGUGCUGGCGCAGCAUCUGGUGCGGAUGAAGGCGGGGACGGUGAGUGUGCGGGCGGGGCGGUUGCUGACGGCGGCGGAUGCGAUCGAUGUGCGCGUGUAUGGGCGUGGGGGCCACGGCUCGGCGCCGCAGUCCUGCAUCGAUCCGAUUGUGAUUGGGGCGGCCAUUGUGACGAGGCUGCAGAGUAUUGUGAGUCGGGAGGUGACGCCGGGCGAGUUGGCGGUGGUCACCUGCGGCAGUAUCCAUGCCGGCCACAAGGCGAAUAUCAUUCCGGAUCAGUUGGAUUUGAAGCUCAGCGUGCGGACGUAUGAUGCCGACACUCGCGCGAGAGUCAUCGCGGGCAUUAAGCGCAUCGUCGAGGCGGAAUGUGCGGCGGCGGGUGCCGUGGAGACGCCGUCGGUUGACAUUGUGUCUUCCACCCCGGCGACCAUCAACGACGAGGCGACGGUGCGUGCGCUCCAGGAGACCUUUGGCGCCUACUUCGGCGAGAACCUGGUGGACUCGGAGCCUAUCGCAGCGAGCGAGGAUUUCUCCCUGCUCGCGACGGCCGUCGGGGCGCCCUACGUGAUGUGGACGUAUGGCGGCGUCGACGACAAGACAUGGGCGGACGCCGUGGCCAGGGGGACGGUGAACGAGCUGCCGAGUAACCAUUCGCCGUUCUUUGCGCCGUGUAUCCAGCCGACUCUGCGGACAGCCGUGGAUGCGAUGAGCCUGGGGGCGCUGACCUUUCUCCGGCAAUAG